CCCUGGGGCUCCAGCAUGGUGGUCUGUCUCCCCUGCUCCACAGCCAGGCUCUCAGGGACCUCCCUCCCCCCCCCUCCCCUGCAUCAGCGGAACCCUGCUGCUUUGCCCAACCCCAGCAGGGAAGGAGAAGGUCUGCAGGCCAGGCCAGUGAGGGGCUUCCAGGGACGCGGGUAUGGGUGCGUGGGCGCAUACUUGUGCUGCAUUGUCACCCCCCACAGCACUGUCACCCCCCACAGCACUGUCCCCACAGCACUGUCCCCACACUUGUAGAGUCCCACAAGUGCCCUGUCAAGAGUUCCCAAGACCCUGCUUUUCAGAUCCUCAGUUCCAAUGGGUCCACAACUAUGCUUGUGGCGUCCACGUUGGGUUCCUAAUGGCUUGAGCUCAGUGAGUCUCUGCACAUGCAGUUGGUGGCAGUAUAGAGGCCCCUCCCACAGGAACUGGUCUCCAAGAGUGUUUCCCAGUUCUUCCAGUCUGGCUCCAUCACACACACACACACACACACACACACACACACACACACACACACACACACACACUUCUCUGAUGUCCCCUCCACGUUCACGGUCUAGAACUCUUCCUUUCUGACUCACAGCAGACUGUCUUCAGCCCUUGAUACACUUGUCCAAGUGGCAGCUGCUCUCCUCCUGGAAGCAUUUGGUCACAGAACACUCCUCCAAGGGCUCACCAUCGCCUAACCUCUGGUCCCUGCCAGGGCAAGGCAUUCUCAAAAGACCAAGAGCAGACAUCUCUGUACUUUUAACCUCAGCCAUAUCAAAGUCCUUACAAAAUGAAGGCACGGGUCCUGUUCUACCUUCUCUAACUUCCUCAUGGCUUUCAGGCUAAACCAAGACUUCGUUUACAGUGGAUGAAGCUCCUGAAAUCAACUAAGGGAAGGAAAUGGGUCUCUGGGGUUCCUACCUGAAAUCCACAGCAAAGACACUUUGGUUCUGCUUUCCCAGCUUUGGAAAGUCCAUUUAAACUAGAAAUCCUUCCUAAGCUUAGGUCGGAGUUCUACCUGGAGCCAGGGAAGCUAGGCAAUAGGGGGAGGAGUCACAGGCAGGGCCACAGGAGGUGGGAGGGGCCAGGAGCACGCUGAGCCCUGGGCAUGGAGGGGUUAACCACAAAGCCAAUCUCACCGAGAUCAAUGGGUUACUGCCGGUGAAAGAGAGAGUGAGGUAGCAACCACGCAGACAGGCUGAGAAGAGCCGGACAGACAAGAGCCUGGCAGGGGAGCAUGCCACCCCGGGGAAAUCAGAAUCUGCGGAGGAGAUUGGGCAGUCCACUCCGGAGCAGCGACAGCAAGUGCCCACAUCCAACUCAGCAGACAGCGGUGGGCAGAUGAGGGGAGAGUGGGGGCCUUGAAGACAAGGCAGAGAAAUAGGAGGCAGAGUCGUACCUGCAGGGAGGCACCAAGGGCAGCCGCUGAGCCGGGAAGCUCUGGCCUCGCCAUUUAUCAGGAAGCAUGCAGGGGCCCAGUGCCUAGGGCUGAGGUGGGUGUUGCCCGUCGUGGGCUUGGGGGCCUGCUGCAUGCUGGGUGCUAUGCAGGGGCAGAUACUACCCUUCUCCUCCCUUCCUCUUGACCCUCUUGCUCCUAAUUCGUCCCACCGCUCCGCUGCAGUGGGCCUGGAGCACCAGGCAAUCCACAGGUUGUGAGCCGAGGGACGGGGCAGGGUGAAAUCGGGCAGCGUGCUCAUGGUCACGUGCAGUGGGGCACAGGGGAGUUGUCAGGGGCAGCUCUGCCAGUCUUUCAGGCGAGCGCUCCAGCGCAGGGGCCAGGGUCACAGCAGCCCCACUCACGCCACAUCUAGGACUCAGUUUCCCUGUGUGCGAAGCCUUCCUAGCUUUGCUGCUGCAGUGCUUUCACGAGGAUGGACUCUCCAGUGACUCGGGGGUGUCACCAGCGCGGCCAUCGGCCACAAAAUGUCCCUGGUUACAAGGGUCUCUCAUGAACUUCAGGCCUGGGUGAGAACAGCCAGUGUCUGCACUGUCCCUCCCCCAGCUCUAACACCUUCACAUCUUCUGCCUGUGUCUAAGUCCAGAGUGACCCAAGCGGCCUUCCAGGCUCCAGGUUACAGAGGUGUUCCCUAGGAAACCAAGCAGUAGCGCUCACGUUCGAGCAUGCAUGCACGCGCGCUCGUACACACACACACACACACACACACACACACACCCCGAUGUGACUGUGACAGGUUCUUGCUCACACUGUGAGCUUUAGCUUGGCUCUACCCUCUUCCAUUUGUCAUGAGUUAGCCCAGGAUACUUGGUCAGAUCCAGGGGGGAGGAACGAGGCCCCUGGGUCAAGUGCCUGGCCUCCUGUCUGAGGAUCCAUUUUUCUCUUCCCCAUCUGAUAGGAGGAUGACGGACAUCCAGAACAUUUCGCUGGACAGCCCGGGGAGCGUAGGGGCUGUGGCAGUGCCUGUGGUCUUUGCCCUCAUCUUCCUGUUGGGCAUGGUGGGCAACGGGCUGGUGUUGGCUGUGCUGCUGCAGCCUGGCCCCGGUGCCUGGCAGGAGCCGGGCAGCACCACCGACCUCUUCAUCCUCAACCUGGCGGUGGCCGACCUCUGCUUCCUCCUGUGCUGUGUGCCCUUCCAGGCCGCCAUCUACACCCUGGACGCCUGGCUCUUCGGGGCUUUUGUGUGCAAGACGGUGCACCUGCUCAUCUACCUCACCAUGUACGCCAGCAGCUUCACGCUGGCCGCCGUCUCAGUGGACAGGUACCUGGCAGUGCGCCACCCGCUGCGCUCUCGGGCCCUGCGCACACCCCGCAACGCGCGCGCCGCCGUGGGGCUGGUGUGGCUGCUGGCCGCGCUCUUUUCGGCGCCCUACCUCAGCUACUACGGCACGGUGCGCUACGGCGCACUCGAGCUCUGCGUGCCCGCCUGGGAGGACGCGCGGCGGCGCGCACUCGACGUGGCCACCUUCGCCGCGGGCUACCUGCUGCCGGUGGCCGUGGUGAGCCUGGCCUACGGGCGCACGCUGCGCUUCCUGUGGGCCGCCGUGGGUCCCGCGGGCGCGGCGGCGGCAGAGGCGCGCAGACGGGCGACGGGCCGCGCGGGGCGAGCCAUGCUGGCUGUGGCCGCGCUCUACGCGCUGUGCUGGGGCCCGCACCACGCGCUCAUCCUCUGCUUCUGGUACGGCAGCUUCGCCUUCAGCCCGGCCACCUACGCCUGCCGCCUGGCUUCGCACUGCCUCGCCUAUGCCAACUCCUGCCUCAACCCGCUCGUCUACUCGCUCGCCUCGCGCCACUUCCGCGCGCGCUUCCGCCGCCUGUGGCCCUGCGGCCGCCGUCGCCACCGCCACCACCGCGCCCACCGCGCCCUCCGUCGUGUCCGGCCAGCGUCUUCGGGGCCCGCAGGUUGCCCCAGAGACGCCAGGCCUCGCGGUUGGAGUAUGGAACCCAGAGGGGAUGCCCUGCAUGGUGGAGAGACUGGACUAGCCCUGUCCGCCCGCAGACCGCAAUAAACCCUGCCCGCUUGGA